GCUUCAAUUUAAAUCACGAAAAAGUUCAUCACUAUUACUGUCAUAAUUUGAGCCAAGGUUAUGAUACGUGUAGCAAGAUCAGUGGAGCUUUUGUGAUUUUUGUGAGUCUCUCAUUGAACAACAUGCUCAUAAUACACUACAAUAAUCGACACAAGGUUGAAUUAAUGAAUUAAAAAUGUUAAGAGUAUAAAGUACCUCACGCGGAACAAAAUUCCUGAUAUCAGCUUAUAUGUGUUUGUCACUUAUGCCAGCGGCAAUCUUUUUGGAAAUCUCAUAAAUUUAAUAUGAUAUUCCCAGUCUUGAUUCUGAUCAAUAUGUCCACCCAGAGAUUUCAUGGCACUCAUGGUAGAAACCGGCUUGCUACAAGGUUUUGGUUGAUUUUGAUUCCAAGACUUUCAGUAAUUAAAGAGGUUGUGUGAGAUUGUGACAAGCAGGAACAUCAAACUCGGCUUGUCCAGUAGUAGUACUUCCGCUUAUUCUUAUUCCUGUUUCGUUUUCGACAAGCGAAGAGCUCGAAACAUUGCUAUAAAAAAUAAAACUACGAAGAUCAAGACAAGCAACGAUGGCUAUUGUUGAAGAGAAGAGGCAGACGAAACGAUCAACUAUCGUGGGGAGAACUACGUUUAUUUUCAACAAUCAGCUCUUGAGUGAUGUGAAAUUUGUUGUUCCAGUGUCGACUGGCGAAAGUGAAAGUAAGAGGGUGAUCCCAGCCCACAAGUUUGUGCUUGCAAUCAGCAGUCCUGUGUUCUAUGCCAUGUUCUAUGGACAAAUGGCGGAGACUACAGACUCUAUUGAACUGCCUGACUGUGACUACCAGAGUCUGUUGGAGUUGUUUCGUUUUAUGUACACCGACGAAGCGAAUUUAAACGGAAGCAAUAUAAUGCAAGUGCUAUACUUAGCGAACAAAUAUAUGGUGCCUUCUCUCGCAGAGAAAUGUACCGAACAUCUGCGUGACAAUUUGAAAGCAUCCAACGUGUUUUGCAUUCUGCCACACGCUCAGAAAUUUGAAGAUAAAGAUUUGGAAGAUCGAUUCUGGGAAGUGAUCGAGAAGCAGACAGAAGAAGCUGUGACGUCAGAUGAAUUUGUUGCACUUGAGAGAUCUGUAGUCGAGUUUCUCGUGAAGAAAGAAAAUUUGAACGUGAAGGAAGUGAAACUGUUUAAAGCUGUUGAUCGCUGGAUCACAAAAGAAAGUGAGAGGCAAGGGAUAACUCCUGAAAGCGAUGGCAAGAGGAGAAUUCUGGGAGAAGAGAUCGUGAAAGAGAUAAGGUUUCCAUUGAUGUCUCAGAGGGAGUUUGCCUCUGUUGUAUUCGAUUCUUACAUUCUUUCUUUUCAAGAGGUUGGUGACAUGAUAAAACAUUAUGCCAACGUUUUAUCAACACCUUUGCCAUACAAGCCGCAAACUCCAAGGAAAGCAUAUACGCCUAUUCGUCGAUGUUCCAGAUUUAAAAAGUUCUGUCGGGCACAAACUGGAGGAGGAUGGUGGGAUUACAUUAAUUCUGUCGCUGACCGUGUUAACUUUACUGUUAACAAGCCUGUUGCAUUGCAUGGAGUUCAGCAUUUUGGCUCACAAAGUGGUGCGUACACGGUUUCCACUGAGGUGAAAGAUUCCGCAGAUGGCUCUAUUCUGGUAAAAAAAUCAGGAUCCUUCUUCUCAGCAAAAGACGACACUGACUGGUUCUACGGCUUUGAUGUACAGUUUGAUUGUCCAGUAUGUUUGUUUGAUCGUCCAUUAUGUUUGCAGGAAAAUAAGAAGUAUAAGUUAGUUUCGCUUAUCAAGGGCCCUAACUCGUGGUAUGGCGAAGACGGGCGAACAUCUGAUGAAUGCGAAGGAGUACGAUUCACUUUGACUUCAUCAAAUGCUAGCUAUAAUGGCACAUGUGAAACACGCGGUCAGUUUCCCGCGUUUAUUUUCGCUUUAGUUUAGUUUUAGUAUUCAGGGGCACUAAAGGACGUUUUUAUGAAAAAUGCUUUAAAACACCGUUUUAGACUAUCUGGAGUGCUUUUAAAGCUCGGUAGGUUAAUUUUAGCUGCGCUAUGCAAUUUUAUCUGUUCGGUCAGUCUAUAGGGGAACUUGUGUCUUCUCGAAUAUAUUAGGGCUUGUUUUGUCCAUUUCCCGAAAACCUUGGCUCUAAUCCUUUCCUAAGAUCAUAGCUGACCUUUUUUCGGUACCCAAAAGGACAUUUUUAUCAAUCCCAAAACAUUAAAUUUCUCACAUCACGAAAGUUCAAGGUGACAAGGAAGAAAGUUUUUCCGAACAGAUAACUUUCAACAAGACAACUUGUCGAAACGAUCCGUUGGGUGCCCCCGUGUAUUGAAGAGUAGUGCGCGUGUUUUAGAUUUUUCAUUUCUUGAAAGAUUUCUUGGUGUGUUAUUACAGUCAAAACCGGUCUAGUGAUCUUCUUAAUAGUGAAGAUGUAAAAUCAUUUAAUUUUCAUUGAAGUUUCUUGUUCGCUUCACCUGAAACGGCGAAAAGUUCUAUAUUCAAUGGACAAUAGCCAGCUUUUCACUCGGCGUAAUGUGGCUGACAUCUUUUGUAACGUAGGUUUUGUCACGUCAUCAUGGCUUGUCAAUUAGGUUUGGAAAGUGAAUAAAAUAUAGAAGAAAAUCUUCAUUUGUAUGUUGGAUUUUUCUGAGCCCUGAUUGAACAAGGUCCCCUGAUUUACGAGUCAAAUGAGUCCGGCUUUGAGUAAUGAGCCAAUCACUGC